AAAGUCAAUCCCGAUGAAGGCUCUCAGUCUGAAACAUUGACAUUUUAUUUUGUUAGCUGAGAUCCUCAAGCAUUUUGUGCGUGUUGGUUUUCACUUCCAAUCUGUCAGUACUCCUCAGGAUCAUAUGCUUCAGUUGGAGGACCAGCUGAGGGAGCACCGGAGGGAGCUGGAGAAUAAGGAUGAGGUUAUCAGAAUCCUGACACGACUGAGAGGAGCCGACGAUUCACCAGUAGGCGUCACUAGCAACCUGCGCCUGCCAGAGGUCACCUUGGAUUCUCCACUGAAGGGUGCUCCUUUCUCCCAGGACCUGCUGCGCUCGAAACCAGCGGAUACAACACACUUGGAUUACAUGCGCCAGAAUGAAGGUUCGGAGGCUGAGGUCAGGAAACUCCGGGAUCGGCUGAAAGCCAACGCGGCUGCGAUGUGGAAGCUCCAAGGUGAACUGGAGAGGUACAAGGAGAAUGACGCCCAGCAGACUGCACUCCUGCAGUCUCUCAGGGAUCGUGUGAGGCAGACGCAGGGAUCCUCGGAAUCAGUGGUCAGCACCAAAACCCAAGUCAACUCCAGCAUCCGGAGUCUGCAGGGGGAGAACCAGGAGCUGAGGGACAGGGUGUCAGAGCUUGAGGAGCGACUCAGGCUGCACCUUCGGGAGAGGGAGCAGAGUGAGCAGAGGGCAGUCAGUGCAGAGAGGAGACUCGCUGGCUACACUGAGAAGCUCGCCCGGGGGCUGAACGAGGAUACCGAUGGGCAACGCGACCCACUUGACUACCUGACCAACAGGGCCUGCGAGAUGUUCCAGGAACGCCUCCUGUGGGAAACGAAGAUCGCGACGCUGGAAGAAGCUUUGGCCACUCGGGAAAUGGAGUUCAAGGCAAGCCAGCAGACCCUGAUGAAGCUGGCCUCUGAGGCGGGGAAAGCCCAGGAUGUGGCAGCAUCCUUCAACCAGGACAUGAAGGUUGUCAGGAAGGAGAGAGACGAAGCCCUGCUUCUGAAGGCCGCAGCCGAGCGGGAGAGUGAGCUGCUGCGCGAAAGGCUGGCGGACAGCCAGUUCGCCCUGGGCACCGCUUGCCAGGCCCAAGUGCGCCAGGAGAGGCGGGCGACUGACCUGGGCGAGGAGCUGCGUGCCAGCACCCAACAGAGUAAAGCUACCCGAGCCCUGCACCAGGGACUCCUCGAGCAGCUGGCAGCCCUGCUCAGCAACGGCCUGGGCACCGCCCCUGCUACUGAGGAGGCCGUCAAAGGCAAAGUGAGGGAGCUGAGUGGGAGAGACCGCACUUGGACAGCGAAGGUGACCAGGCUGGAGGAGGAGGUCAUGAAGCUGAACAAGCAGGUGGUGAGUCAGAGCAAGCUGUACCACGAGGCGAUGCGCCGAGCGCGGAGGGCCGAGGAGCAGCUGAGUGAUCGCGAGGAAGUCCUCAGCCACCUGGAAGGACAACUUGCCACCAAGAGUCUGCUCAAGGAUGGACAUCAGUUUGAGAGGCAGAGGCACACCAAAUUCCUGCAUGGGCUAGCCCAAGCGAUGAACGUGGAGCGAGACGAGCAGAUGGAUGACCUGGAGGACCAGGCCGAGAAGCUGCUGGCCAGGGCUCGAGCGCUGGCAGAGAUUGAGCGGGAGAGGACAGACGACAGCAACGCGUUCCUACAGAACCUGCAGCAAAAGGUGACAUCUCAGAGGGAGAGGCUGGCCAGCAGUAAGCGGCACGUCCAGCUCCUGACCGACAGACUCAGCCAGCUGGAGGGGAGGGAGCCGCCGGGCCGGGAUGGGCAGGGUGGUGGGCUGGCCGAGCUGCGGAAGGACGUGGAAAGGCUGCAAGGACAGCUGGAUGUGGCGAAGAGGAAGAACCGCAGCCUGAGAGAGAAGAACGAGGAAAUCACAGCUCUGAAGGCAAAGAACAGGGAGCAGGACCGGACCAUCCAGAGGCUUAGGGAAUCGCUGGAGAAACUGGAGUCGAUCAAGGAUAAAGCGGCCCGCAAGGUGGUGAUGCUGACUUCCGAGCUGGACCAGGCAGAGCAGGGAGCCUUGGAGAGGAGCAGCCAGGCCCAGAGCUUGAACCAGGCCCUCAGCAAUGAGCUCCACUCUGCCAGGAAAGCCCUGGAGGUGGUGGCACGUAGGGAGAGGCAGCUGGUGGAUUUCCGGGAGUCUGUGGUGAGAGCGCUGGGAUUCGACACCAACACCAUGGCCAUCCCUGACGACAAGAUCUAUCUCCAGCUGAAGAGCCUCACCCAGCCACACAGCAGGGAGCUGCAGGUGGUCUCCCACCACCGUGGGCCCACCAGGGGACACCUGGGACCGUGGCCCCCACACAGCCCCCCUCCCAGCUGGGGCCAAAACACUGCCCCAUCCGGCUCUCCGCACCGGGGCCAUGGCUGGGGCAGCCUGGCACUACCCCUUCACCAGGCCUCCUGAACGAGAGCACAGUGUGGACCACAGUCAUGGCCACUGCGCAGAAGCUUGCCACUUGGCCCUUCUGCUCAGUGCUCGCUCUCUCCAAGAGCACCGUGGCCUGACCAAUACAGAGCACUACAGCACAGUAUAGGCCCUCUGGCUUGCUAUAUUGUGCUGACCUUUUAACCUACUCAGAGAUCAAUCUAAUCUUUCCCUCCCGCAGAGCCCUCUAUUUUCCUAUUACCUAUGUGCAUAUCUGAGAGUUUCUUGAAUGCCCCGAAUGUAUCUGCAUCUGCCACCAUCACUGGCUGGGCGGUCCACAUAGCCACCACUCUCUGUGUAAAACAAACUACCUCUGACCUAUACAUUUCUAAAAUCACCUUUAAGUUAUCUCCUCUGCUAUUAGCAACUUUCACCCUGGGGGUAAGUCUCUGGCUGUGCCUCUUAUCACCUUGCACAUCUCUAUCAAGUAACCCCUCAUCAUUCACUCCAAAGAGAAAAGCCCAGCUCACUCAACCUUUCCUUAUCAGGCAUGCUCUAUGAUCUAUCAACAUCUUGGUAAAUCUCCUCUGAACCCCCUCGAAAGCUUUCACAUCCUUCCCAUAAUGAGGACACCAGAAGUGAACACAAUGCUCCAAGCACAAGGAAAUCUGCCGAUGCUGGAAU